AUUUGGUUGGACAGAAAAUAGAAAAUCUUUUAUUUUUAAUACUGGUAAACAGUUAAUAAAAGUAAGGUUAUAAUUUUAAAUUUAAAUUCUUAUUUAAAAUUUAAAGAUUUUAAAGGCUAAUGGCUUCAUCCGGAGAAAAACGAGACAAGGCGGCGGUUUCAGCGGGUGACCAGAAAGAGAAAAAGCGCAAAGAAUCCAUUCUAGAUCUAUCUAAAUACCUUGAAAAAACCAUAAGAGUUAAAUUUGCUGGAGGUAGAGAAGCCAGUGGAGUUCUAAAAGGUUAUGACCCUCUUCUAAACCUUGUAUUAGAUAAUACCUCUGAAUAUUUACGUGACCCAGAUGAUCCUUACAAACUUAUAGAAGAUACAAGACAGUUGGGACUUGUGGUUUGUAGGGGAACUAGUGUUGUACUCAUAUGUCCAAUGGAUGGUAUGGAAUCGAUCCAGAAUCCUUUUAUUUCACAAGAUUGAUAUAAGAUUAGUUGUUACUGUUAAUAUUCAUUUACAAUAAUUUCAUUUAAUAUAAUUGAUCAAUUGUAAUUUAGGUCUGAAUAAAUAUUCCAUAAUACAUAA